AUGGCUCUCCGACAUUUACUGGAAAAAUUGCCUCUACCAAGUUUACGUUUAUAUACGUCUAUUAGUUCUAUGUUGUUACUUGGAAAUCUUAUUUAUAUAAAUCAAUUGAUACAAUUCAGUGGCGACCGUGGAUCAAAUUCUAAGUCUGAAUAUACCGUUUCUAAUACUGCAACUAUUGAAACACUAUCGUCUCUCAAUAUAUCUAAGACAACAGAAGCUGUCAAUCAUACAUUAAAGAAAAUAAAUGAAUCAAUAUCAGUUGAAUCUUUUGCCACAAGCGAUCCAUUAUCGCUUACCUAUAUUCAAACGUUAUUUUCAAUUAUAAUUGCUGAACCAUUAUCAUUGCUGAUUUUAGUUAAUGCGGCUUAUUGUGCUUUAACAUUAGUAGGUAAAAGUAUUCAACUUGUCGUUUUUGGUGCCUUACGUCCAAUAGAAGUUCAACGUAUCAAAGACAAAUUUUGGAACUAUGCAUUUUAUAAAUUUAUUUUUUUAUUUGGUGUUUUAAAUGUUGAAGAUUUGAACGAUAUCGUUUUAUGGUUAUCAUGGUUUUCAUUAUUGGGAUUUUUAAUUGUCUUUGGUCAACUUAGUAAAGAUCGUUUUGAAAUGGUAUGUAUUUAAAAAUAGUUUUUUCAAGGUGCACAUGGGCUAUGAGCUUGCUCCUUUCACUGAAAUCAGCAUUAUAACUCAAGAAACUUAGCUUACCAGGGAGCCGCUCGAGAUGAUACUCUCCGUUUUUCUUCGUUCAUACCUCAGUUGAUAGAGGGCAUCGAGCUGACAAAAAGCCUAAAUGGGUUUCUGCGGAGGG